CGCAUGAAAGGCUGGCAAGAAUACCCAUGACUACUAAAUACAUUCUACGAUUUGUUUAAGGGUGUUUCACUCGUCGAAUUGGAGUGACUAAUAUGAUGCGGAUGCUGCUGGACCAUGUUGCUUGCGAUGGAUCUGGGGACAAGGAGAUGGAGAAAAAAUGCGACACUGCUCUUCUGACGAUAUUUAUUGUGGAAAUGAUAGGUAUUAGCUUGAGGUUCCUUGUUAUUCUUUUCCUUCAUAUACUGCUGGUUGGAAGGUGCUGUUUUUAUAUACAACGCAAAGAAGGCCUUUCAAGCUUGGGGAAUGCAACCUUGAUGAGGAGGAGGUGUUGGUGGCUUUGAUGAAGAGGGGAAGGCGGCUUGAAGAAGCGGCUGAAGCCAGGAGAUCAACAACUGAUAGCCUAACACCUGUACCAACUCAAUCAACCACUGC